AUGGGCGAGCAUUGGAGUGACUUGGUGGCGAAGAAACGCGCUGCCGGAGCCAAAGCUAUACCCGCAGAAUGGCGACUGGCUCCUAGCAUCCUAGAAUCUGUCAAUGCCGACUCUGAUAUCAGCGUCCUUGAAGUUCCCGCAACCUGUGGCCUUCUCACCCCCAAGGAGCUCGAGAUCACCGAAAAGUAUGACGCUGUCGAUCUGAUAGCCAAGAUGGCCGCCAAAGAGCUUUCCGCGGUCGAAGUCACUCAAGCCUUCUGCAAAAGAGCUGCUGUCGCUCACCAAGUGGUCAAGAUUUUCUUCGAUAAGGCUCUCGAAAGAGCCAAGUAUCUCGACGAUUAUCUGAACAGAGAAGGUAAGCCAAUGGGGCCAUUACAUGGGAUGCCAAUCAGUCUGAAGGAUUCCUUCAACCUGAAGGGUACAUAUUCGACAAUCGGUUACGUCUCGUUCAUCAAACGACCAGCAGCGGACUUUAACUCACCUUUGGUUGAUAUCCUUCUUCAGAAUGGCGCCGUGCUUUAUGUCAAGACCAACCUACCACAGACAUUAAUGACGGCCGACUCUGAGAACAACGUCUUUGGUCGGGUGCUGAAUCCUCACAAGCUGAAGCUCACUGCCGGGGGAAGCAGUGGAGGGGAAGGCGCCCUUGUUGGUAUACGAGGCUCAAUCCUGGGUGUCGGAACAGACAUUGGAGGAUCGAUCCGAAUCCCUGCCUUGUGUUGCGGAACAUACGGCUUCAAGCCGUCGGUUGAUCGCAUUCCUUUUGGUGGCCAGACAAAUCCGGUGCUCGAUGGCUGGACCGGCAUAAUGCCAGCAGCAGGACCGUUGGCCACGACAGCCCGCGACUUGCGACUGUUUCUGGAAACCGUCAUCAACUCGAAGCCGUGGAACUUGGACUAUACCGCUCUUGCUAUGCCAUGGCAUCCCGUUGAAGAAAAAAAGAGUCUAACGAUUGGUGUCAUCCUCGAAUGUCCCACAUGGCUUGUCCAGCCACCAAUCCUGCGAGCAUUGAAGACAGCGGCUGACAAGCUGAAGCAAGCUGGUCACAACAUUGUAAUGCUGGAAAACUUUCCAUCGUUCAAAGAAGCCACAGAGCUAUCCUGGAGUUUCUUCGACAUCGAUAACGAGUGUACCGGAUUCAAACAUAUCGAAGCUUCGGGCGAGCCAUGGGUUACCUCUGUCAAGGACUUGUACACGCCACCACCUGAAGGCCGCCGCGACAAGACUCUGGGUGAUUUACUGGAUAUGAAUGAGAAGCGUCUCAAGUUCCGAGCUGACUGGUUGAAACUCUUUGUGGCAAACAAGUUGGAUGUUAUUGUGGCCCCAGGAUCGCAUAAGACCGCCGUACCUCAUGACACCUUCAGGUAUCCGCCGUAUACAGUCAUGUGGAAUCUCCUUGCGUACCCUGCCUGCAUUAUCCCGUAUCUCAAAGCGGACAAGAAUUUGGACCUUCCCGAUCCAAGAAUUCCAGACUAUCUUCCAGAGGCUGUGCACAACGCGCCUUGUCACAUUCAGGCUAUCGCUAGAUCUGAGCACGACGAAGAGCUAAUGUCUGCCGUGGAGCUGAUAUCCGCCGCCCUAGGCAUCUCGUAA